UGGUCCCUGACCGAUUUAUGAUUCCGCCUUAUGAUCACAAAUGUUUUGAAAAGAUAAGAAAAUAAUUAAGACUAUGGUAAGAAAACCGUGUAAAGGUUUUCUUAGCGGUCUGUCAUCAUUCCAAUUCUUCUUCUUUUUUCCCACCUCUAUUUCUCCCUCUUCUUCCGAAUCCCUAAAUCCCAAAUUUCCAUAAUCAGCGAUUUUUCUACUACUGUUCUUGCUUUACCACACUGAUAAGCAAAGACACAGUCCCAAAGAGGGCACUCUCCCGUUCUCCCUUUCGUUUUCGGCGGUCUGUCAUCAUUCCAAUUCUUCUUCUUUUUUCCCACCUCUAUUUCUCCCUCUUCUUCCGAAUCCCUAAAUCCCAAAUUUCCAUAAUCAGCGAUUUUUCUACUACUGUUCUUGCUUUACCACACUGAUGGACCCACUCAUACAACCACCUCCCUCGCCGCCGCCGCCGCCGCAGCCGCAGACGGAAGUUGGUGAACCUCUGGAUUCUGCUCGCAUAGCUCAGGUCGCUAAUCCUACUCCCGCCCAUCUACCCACCCAUAACCAUCCUUCUUACGCUGAGAUGAUAACGACCGCGGUUGCGACGUUAAAAGAGACCAACGGUUCUAGCAGACAAGCCAUAGCUAGGUACAUAGAGCGAUUCUACUCGGAUCUUCCUCACACUCACUCGUCCUUGUUGUCUCACCACCUGAAGCGGUUGAAGAACACAGGCCAGCUGGUUAUGGUGAAGCACUCUUACAAGCUUCCCGGGUCUCUGACACAAAAGCAUCCCCAACCCAAAAUCGAAGAAAAUGGAGCUCCAACUUCCUGCUCGAAAAAAAGGCCUGGUCGCCCCCCCAAGCUCAAUCCUCAGACCCAACUGCAGCCUGAUUCUAAGCAUCAGCUGGAAUUUCAACAACAACCACUGUUCAAUUUUCAGCCCGAACCCAUUAGCCAGUUUCAGGUUCAUGACCAGGGUCAACUCCAGUUCCCCCAGGAAGAAGCCCAGUUUGAGGGUCAGCCAUUUGUAGUCCCAGAUUCCCGUGAAGUUCCCAGAAUGGAGCCUGAAUCCGUGUUAGCUUCUCUCGGGUUGCUCGACGCUCCUCCCCCGCCUGCCACCAUUGAUACUGCAGUAACUAAGAGGCGCCCCGGCCGUCCGAAGAAGACUGAUUCUGAAAACAAAUCCCCUGCACAGCUCACUUCUGUAAAAAGAAGUCGAGGACGCCCCCGUAAGCCUGGACUGACCACCCCUUCUGGUGGUUCAGGGAGGCCAAGAGGAAGACCAAAGAGAAACACCAACAUUUCUUCUCUGCUCGGCCCACUACCUGCUGCUGCAGUAGCUAUGAAGCCGCCCAGCAGGCCACGUGGACGGCCUGCAAAGAGUAGUGCUCAUCAAUUUGGAGGUGUUGUCGGGGGAUCAGUGAUCAACGUCCCCAUUACUAAUGGUAAUGACACUGCCGCUAGGAAAGAAACACCACUUCCGGUGGUUGGUUCCUCAAAUGGGGUGUUGCUGCCAAUGCCAAAACGAAGAGGAAGGCCUCCUAGAUUAUCGUCUCAACCAGCUGCUUGGAACUCUGGAUGUGGCCAUGGGAUGGUGUCACAGGCACCAAGGCCAAGGGGACGACCCCCAAGAUCUUCUUAUAAUGGUGGUGUGUAUAAGAAACCCCGGAAGCUUAGUGGGAAGCCACUUGGUCGGCCAACAAAGAACACACCAUUGAUAGCGCCGAUUGCUUCAUAUUCCCAUCACUUGGCUCUGGAGGGACAUCUUGAACAGCUAAAAUCACGGAUAAUGGAAACCGCAAGUUUUAUAAGACCAUUCUUAAACCAUGAAACGGCAGUAACAGCCUUGUACGAUCUGGAAGCAUUUGCAGACGGUGUAAAACCUGUCCAGCCAGCUUGAAAAAGGAACACUAAAUAUAAAGAAGCUUGAAACUAAUAUGUGGAGGAGGGUACUUUUGUUACGAUGCUAUUGUUUAAAUUAAUAUUUGCAGAGAUAUUUGAUGCUUUCAGCAUAUAGCUAAUUUGUCAAUAAUGUUUCUAGAAUUACGGGUCAGUUUUUAAUGUGUUUUUUCGGUUGAAUAUCACAUGUAUGGAGCUUUUAGUAGGUAGAUCCAGUUGAAUGUGGGAUGUACGUAAGACUGUUGUACGAUGAUGUUGUUGCCUUAUUUAUUUUUCUUGAUCUUAAAGGGAGAUAUAGAGUCGCCAGACAUUACUAUGUAGCUGUUGUUGAAGAAAAUUCUAUGUUGUGUGCUAUCCUUUAGAUAGAAUAUGUAUUAGAGUCUUUCUGUGUAAA